AUGCUGGAGAUCGAGGCGGCGACAUAUCCGGUGUCGCUGCGCGCUUCGCCAGAGAUCAAGCUGCUCAGGCAUCAACAAGACCGCCGAGCAGAGGCUACGAAGCCAUCGCUUCCUCAGGGCUUGGAGAAGCGCCGACCGAGCAGAUAUGAUCACGACAGAGGUGGUCCACCAGCACAGGGCUACCACAACGCAAAUGUUCAUGUAUUCGGACGCGGAGUGUGA